AGCCAGCGGAGGUUUGCGGCGCGGCCAAGCAACUUGACUCCCUCAUCGCGCAUUUCCAGGAGAGGAUGUCAAGAAGAGAGCGGGCUCUUCUCGUAAAGGGACGACACGGUUGUAGACCAGCGCCAGCCCCGAGAGCAGAUGGCACAGGACACUAAGGCCACGUCCGAACUCAUCGUGCCGGUCAACUUCGUCACGGAAUGGCGCACCCCAGCUGGCCUGGACGUCAAAGUGGACACCGUCCAGACGCGCUUCGACACGUUCCGCAUCGUGGAUGACUGCGCCGACCUGGACCAGGAGUGGGUCGACUUCGCGAGGGAUCAUCCGGACUGCGCCGAGGCCGAUGGCGAUGGCCUGAUGAUGGCCUUCCUCGAUCCGGAGUUUGAGGCGUUCCGGAAGCUACCAGAAGGCGGAUUCGGAGUUCACCUAGAUCUGGGGUGUUAUAGGCCCGAAGGAGUGACCGUCAAGGUGCGCGAAGGGUCGGUGCUUGUGACGGCAAGUGACCAGGAGAGGACUUCUGUGGACGUGGACGGCGUGGCGUCGAAGAAGUGGAGGAAGUUUGAGCGGAGAUUCAAGCUUCCCGAGGGCGUGAUGCCCGAGUGGGUGGCGACCGAGCUCAGGCCGGACGGCUGGCUAAAGAUAUCGGCUCCCGUGCAGGAACUUGGAAGGAGGUCCAGUGCGCCCGGGAGGACAACCGGCAGGUCCUGGAGUGGCUCUGAAGGCACGGGGAUCGAGACGGACGAUUCAAAGAGUUCCAUCGUGGAUAGGUGAUUAAGGUGACCAUGACAGAGACGUUGUACGGUGGUGUACCAAAGUGUUUUUGAAGUGUUGUAGGUUGUACUCCUGUGCCGAGUUCGGUGUGACAGGGUUGGAGACAGACGCUUUCAACAAUUGACGUUGUGGACAGUGGAUAUAUACUAUAAGUGUCUGAAAUGCCGACGCUCGAUCUAUAAUGGACUGUAAAAAUUGGCGUCUGCACGUAGCGUACUGAACCUUUCUUCAAAGGUGUAUUUCACAGGUGGGUUUUACGUUUUACCUUGUAAAAUUACAAGGCGUAGCUCCCUUUCUGUAAAUAAAUAGGGACAAAAAAACUUGCCAGGGUCAACGACGGACGGCGACGCAGACGACCGAGUGGAGUUGCGUGGCGCGUUUAGCGCAUGUAUUGAUAGAUGGCGUCAGAAGCAGCGUCGUAACUUUACGUCGGAAGGUGUAG